AUGGGUUCUAGAGAAAAGCCAUUGUUUGAUCUUAAUGAACCUGCUGUUGAGGAUGAGAGUGACACAGUCCCCUCUACUAUCAACACUUGUAAAUUAUCAACAUCAGCAUCAAGUAGUUCUCAUAAAACAGUAAAUACCCGUGCUUUUUCUCAUGUUUCCUCUGUUUCGAGCUUUCAGCCUUUCAUUCAAUCAAAAAGAGAACAACCAUCUGAAGUAGGUGAAGACCAUAAGAGGGAAGCUGCUAAAAAAAACAUUUUAGAAAAGGAAGAAGGUGAAUGGUCUGAUGUAGAAGACUCCUCCAUUAAAACCAACAGAACAAGUAGUAUCCCUGAAAUGUCAACUUCUGGCUAUGAUGAUAAAUCACAAACAAAAGCAACUACUGAAUCUGAAUCCACAGAUCAAAAUGAUUGUAAUCUAACUACAGCAUCAUCAAUCACAUCUUCCAAGAAUGAAAAUAACAACCAUACUUCAAAGCUUCCAAUUCCAACUAACCCUGGAAAACGCCCUAAACUUGAUCAACAAAAGGAAGCAAUGCUAGGUAAAAAGCGUAGUAGACAAACCAUGUUUCUAAACAUGGAAGAUGUUAAACAAGCGGGACCCAUUAAAAUCUUGACCCCAAAAAAACACAACUUUCAACCACCCAUUGUAACACGUAUUGUGAAAGAGUCACGCCCUCUUCUUGACUCAAUUAAAGAAGCAAAACAGAUUGAUCAAUCAUGCAAUGAGGGACCUGUAACUCGUUCUAGAAGAACAAAUAGUGGGACAGAUCUUGCUGGAGAAGAUAAAGAUAAAUUAUUUUCAGAUCAUAUUCAUAGACAGAGUUCAUUUAAGCAACCUAGUGAUUCAAGACAGAUGAAGAAUCCACAUAUUCCUAUAAAAAAGCCUCCAUUAAUCACUCAAAACGAUUCCAAAUCAGUAGUUAAAAAGCUUCCUUCAAGAAAACCAACAACUGUCACUACACUUUAUCAGGAUACAUCAGUGGAGCGUCUUCUAAGGGAGGUGACUAAUGACAAGUUCUGGCAGCAUCCAGAGGAUGCGGAUCUACAACGGGUCCCAGGAAGCUUUGAAUCAGUAGAAGAAUAUAUUCGAGUUUUUGAGCCUUUACUCUUUGAAGAAUGUCGUGCACAACUCUACAGCACAUGGGAAGAAUCAACUGAAACUUCAUCUAGAGAUUCACAUACAAUGGUUCGCAUUAAAAAUGUCGAAAGGCGAGAAAGAGGAUGGUAUGAUGUUAUUCUCCUACCAACAAACGAAUGCAGAUGGAAUUUCAAAGAGGGCGAUGUUGCAGUUCUUUCAACUCCAAAACCCGGAACAGUUAGAAUGAAGAGAAACAACAUUCCAACAAAUGUGGAAGAGUCCGAGGUUAUCGGACGUGUAGCUGGCACUGUCAGGCGUCAUAUACCAAUAGACACUCGCGACCCCACUGGGGCCACCCUUCAUUUUUACGUUGGCGAUUCUUUCGAUUCCAACAGUGACGAUGACCAUAUAUUAAAAAAACUACACCCUAAAGGCGUCUGGUUUUUAACCAUUCUAGGUGCUCUUGCUACAACCCAAAGAGAAUAUAUCGCGUUGCAUGCUUUUCGUAGGCUAAAUUCACAGAUGCAAACUGCGAUACUUCAACCAAGCCCGGAGCAAUUCCCAAAAUAUGAAGAACAAGCACCAUCAAUGCCCGAGUGUUUCACAACAAACUUUGUUGACUAUCUUCAUCACACAUUCAACCAGCCUCAAUUAUCAGCAAUCCAUUGGGCAGCAAUGCACACAGCAGCAGGAACAACAAACACUUCAACAAAAAGACAAGACCCAUGGCCCUUCACCCUAGUCCAGGGCCCACCAGGAACCGGUAAAACCCACACCGUGUGGGGCAUGCUAAACGUCAUCCACCUCGUCCAAUACCAACACUACUACACCGCCCUCCUAAAAAAACUUGCCCCCGAAAGCUACAAACAAGCCACCGAAUCUUUAUCUUCCGAAAACGCCCCUACCGGAUCCAUCGACCAAGUCCUUCAAAACAUGGACCAAAACCUAUUUCGGACACUUCACAAAAUCUGCCCUAAACCACGCAUGUUAGUCUGCGCCCCUUCCAACGCCGCAACCGAUGAGCUUCUGACACGUGUCCUCGAACGUGGCUUCAUCGACGGCGAAAUGAAAAUGUAUCGCCCCGACGUGGCCCGCGUCGGGGUAGAUUCAAAUACACGUGCGGCGCAGGCGGUUUCCGUGGAACGUCGGACCGAACAACUUCUAAUGAAAAGUAGAGAUGAAGUCUACGGUUGGAUCAACCAAUUGCGGGUCCGCGAAGCGCAGUUGUCUCAACAAAUCGCGUCGUUGCAACGCCAAUUGAAUCUCCAAGCGUACACGGGUCGGGCCGAAGGAUCCGUGGGCGUCGACCCGGAUAUUUUAACCGCCCGUGACCAAACCCGCGAUUCGUUUUUACAAAACCUCGCCGCGGUUGUCGAAAACCGCGAUAAAGUUUUGGUUGAAAUGUCGCGGUUGUUGAUUCUCGAACCGCGGUUUCAUUCCGGAAACUUUAAUCUCGAAGAAGCGCGUGCCAGCCUGGAAGCGAGUUUCGCCAACGAGGCGGAGAUUGUGUUCACAACGGUUUCAAGUAGUGGGAGGAAACUAUUCUCUAGGUUGACGCACGGGUUUGAUAUGGUGGUGAUUGAUGAGGCGGCUCAGGCGAGUGAAGUCGGGGUGUUGCCGCCGCUUUCGCUCGGUGCCGCUAGGUGUGUUCUCGUCGGAGACCCGCAGCAGCUUCCGGCGACGGUGAUAAGUAAGGCGGCGGGGACGUUGUUGUAUUCGCGGAGUCUUUUCGAGCGGUUUCAACAAGCGGGGUGUCCGACGAUUCUCUUGUCGGUUCAAUACCGUAUGCAUCCGCAAAUACGCGAUUUCCCAUCGCGGUAUUUUUACCAAGGGCGGUUGACCGAUAGCGAAAGUGUAAAAAGUCAACCGGAUGAAAAUUACUAUAAUGACCCUUUGUUGAGGCCGUAUGUGUUUUACGAUGUUACCCAUGGGCGGGAAUCGCAUAGGGGAGGGUCGGUUUCGUAUCAGAAUGUUCAUGAGGCGAAGUUUUGCGUGAGGUUGUAUGAGCGGUUGAUGAAGGUGGUUGGUGGUGGGGGUGUAGGGAAGGUUACGGUGGGGGUGAUUACGCCAUAUAAGUUGCAGUUGAAGUGUAUACAAAGGGAGUUUGAGGAGGUGUUGAGGAGUGAUGAAGGGAAGGAUAUUUAUAUAAAUACGGUUGAUGCAUUUCAAGGGCAAGAACGCGAUGUUAUUAUUAUGUCGUGUGUGAGAGCUUCGAGUUAUGGUGUUGGAUUUGUUGCGGAUAUUAGAAGGAUGAAUGUCGCUCUUACUCGCGCCAAAAGGGCACUUUGGGUGAUGGGGAAUGCGAGUGCUCUUGUUCAAUCAGAAGAUUGGGCAGCUUUAAUUGCGGAUGCAAAGGCGAGAAAGUGUUACAUGGACAUGGACUCGCUUCCGAAAGACUUCCUGGCGGCACCACCACUACCACCACCGCCACCGGCCUAUGGUCCACCGCCACCUAAGUUUUCUAAUUCGAGAGGCUUCAUGAGGCCUAAUUUCAGAAACAGACCAUAUGAGCAUAUGGGAACACCAUCAGGAGAUGAAAGUAAAACAAAUUCAAACUCAAACUCAAAUUCAUCAAGAAAUGGUAGUAGUUAUCGGCCUUUUAAUAAACCACCAUUGGAGGACAACCAUGAUUGGUCUCGAGAUUCAUGGCAGCAAUAUGGGGCCCAAAAGAGACCGAAUCAAGCUGGGGUAUUGGGAAAAAGAGACCAAUGAUAUGAUGUUUGUCCAAGAUUUGUUUUCAGAUACUUACUGUGGGACCCAACCCAAAACCCUAAACCCAAAAUUGUCACUGUACAAAGAUAUUGUCUAGCGGGAGGUUCUUUGGUUACAAGGAAAGGUAAAAAAAUAUAUAUAUACCUUGAAAUUGCUUAAAAGGGCAAAAACGUCAAUUUGACAUAGGUGUAUCUGAUUUGGCGACACUUGAUCCACCACGGGGCGUCAUGGUUGGAAAAAUUGCGUUAGUUGCAAGAUUUUGAAAGGGGACACGUUUUUAUGUUUUGAUGGGAUGGGGCAUUUGAUGGUAGUUUUUUUGUUUAUUUAUUUAUUUUUCUUUUGGAGUUUUAUAGAAAAUACAAAAGAUGUAGUUGAAUUAACAUCUUGGGGAAUUGUGGUAUAAAAAGAUUUUGUAUAGAAAUGGUGGUGUU